UAGCAAAAGAAGUAGGCGUUGUACACAGGCUCUCAUUCGCGUACCUUGCUUGUGUCAACGUUAGCGAUAUACAAGCUCAGCCGCCGAACGGUGUCUCAUUGUGUGCAGACGCCAAAGUCUUGCACACAAAAUCUCGGAUUCAUAGGAGGGCUUGUAACUUUGCACAGAAGCAGCCACCAUGGCAGAAGCUCACCAGGCAGUGGCCUUUCAGUUCACCGUCACCCCAGAUGGCAUCGAUCUGCAGCUGUGCCAUGAGGCUCUGCGCCAAAUCUACCUCUCUGGUCUUCACUCGUGGAAGAAAAGAUUCAUUCGCUUCAAGAAUGGAGUAAUGACUGGUGUGUACCCAGGCAGCCCAGGUGGCUUCAUGGUUGUGGUCGUGUCUUACAUGUCCUACAAUAAAUACAAACAACUGGAUCCAUCUCUUGGCUUGAUUGCCAAACUGGGACAACACAUGCCUAUUAGUAAAUAUAUGUCGACAGACACCCAGAAGGUUCUUGGUGGGGUAUUGGUGGGCACAGGUCUAUGGGUGACCAUCAUCAUGAUCAUGAGGAAUGUCCUCAAGUCCCUGUUGUCGUGGCAUGGCUGGAUGUAUGCGCGCCAUGGCUCGGUAUCCUGGUCGACUCGAUUGUGGAUGUUGUUAGUUAAGGUGUUCUCUGGAAGGAAACCCAUGCUCUAUAGUUUCCAGAGCUCCUUGCCGCGGCUGCCUGUUCCACCUGUAAAUGAUACCUGCAGAAGGUACCUCGAGUCAGUCCGCCCACUAAUGGAUGAUGAACAAUUUGAACGGAUGACGGGACUGGCUAAAGACUUUGAGAUGAAACUGGGUCCUAGAUUGCAGUGGUACCUAAAACUGAAGUCAUGGUGGGCCUCCAAUUACGUCAGUGACUGGUGGGAAGAGUAUAUUUACCUUAGAGGUCGCGGGCCCAUCAUGGUGAACAGCAACUACUAUGCUAUGGACUUCCUUUAUGUGUUCCCCACCUCAGUUCAGGCUGCCAGAGCAGGUAAUGCCAUUCAUGCCAUCAUGAUCUACAGGAGGAGGCUCGACCGAGCUCAGAUCAAGCCAAUAUACUUGCUGGCAAACAAGGUUCCUCUGUGUUCGGCUCAGUGGGAGCGGAUGUUUAACACUACCCGCAUCCCCGGUUUGGAGACAGAUGUCCUUCAGCACACGAAUGAGAGCAAACACAUAGCCGUGUACCACAAAGGGCGCUUCUACAAGGUGUGGAUGUUUUAUGAUGGAAGGCUUCUCUUGCCACGGGAGAUUGAACAGCAGAUGGAAAGGAUCCUGGCUGACCGGUCGGAGCCCGCGCCAGGAGAGGAGAGGCUCGCUGCACUUACUGCAGGGGACAGGACACCAUGGGCAAAGUGCCGCGACACCUACUUCAGCCGUGGCAAGAACAAGCAGUCUCUGGACGCCAUUGAGAAGGCAGCCUUCUUUGUGACACUGGAUGAAACAGAGCAGCGAUUCGAAGAAAGCAACCCAGUAAAGUCUCUGGAUAGUUAUGCAAAGUCUCUGCUGCACGGAAAGUGUUACGACAGGUGGUUUGAUAAAUCCUUUAACCUGAUCGUUUUUAAGAAUGGAACCAUGGGUCUGAAUGCUGAACACUCCUGGGCUGAUGCUCCCAUCAUUGGUCAUCUGUGGGAGCAUGUGCUUUCCAUGGACCCAUUUAAGCUUGGAUAUACCGAAGAUGGGCACUGCUGUGGGGAGCCCCAUCCCAACCUGCCUGCCCCGCAGAGACUGCAAUGGGACAUCAAUGAUGAGUGCCAAGGAAUCAUCGACGGCUCGCUGACAGUUGCCAGGAUUCUGGCAGACGACGUGGACAGCCACAUUUUCCCCUUCAAUGAUUUUGGCAAGGGUCUCAUCAAGAAGUGCCGUACCAGUCCUGAUGCCUUCAUCCAGAUUGCCCUGCAGUUGGCUCAUUACAGGGACAAGGGCAAGUUCUGCCUGACCUAUGAAGCCUCCAUGACCCGUUUGUUCCGUGAGGGUCGAACGGAAACGGUCCGCUCCUGCACCUCGGAAACGUGCACUUUCGUCCAUUCUAUGAUCAGAGACGAGACUAGAGAACAACGUCUGAAGUUGCUCAAACUUGCUUCAGAGAAGCACCAAAACAUGUACCGCCUGGCUAUGACUGGCAUGGGCAUUGAUCGCCACCUCUUCUGUCUUUACGUGGUUUCCAAAUACCUGGGGGAAGACUCGCCCUUCCUCAAGGAGGUGCUGUCUGAGCCGUGGAGGCUGUCCACCAGUCAGACGCCGCUGCAGCAGGUGGAGCUGUUUGACCUGGUCAGACACCCUGAAUAUGUGUCAUCUGGAGGCGGCUUUGGACCGGUGGCUGAUGAUGGUUAUGGUGUGUCUUACAUCAUCGUUGGAGAAAACCUGAUCAACUUCCACAUCUCCAGCAAACACUCCAGCCCAGAAACUGACUCUCACCGUUUUGGCGCCAACAUCAGACAGGCCAUGUUGGACAUACUCGACCUCUUCCAGCUCGAGAACAAAGUUUCCAAGUGACGGCCUUUCUCCGCUCGAUCUAUCGAUGUCUAUUCUUCCUGAAGCUGUACAGAAUCAAAUAUAGGGUUGGGUUAUUUUACGUGAUGUUGCAGUAAAAGAAAAACUGUUUGAUUGGGCUGCAUUUACAAACCUUGCUUUCGUUUUACGCGUGAGGUGUUUGUGGACUGUACGCAUCUGACAAAUUGUGGAUUCUAGUGGCGUUUGCUACAGGUUGUGCGCAGAACAUUUCUAUUUACUGGACCCUACGCACCAGUGCCUUAGUGAUAAACCACUUGUGUAAAAAGGGCAGAAAGGGAGGAGCGAUCAGAUCUGACGUCACGCUGAUCUUCCCGCCAACCAAAGUACUGAGCAAUAUCCACUUUUUAAGGUUUUAAUUUGCAAUGCGGUGUGAGAUCUUUUGCUGCUUUGUUUCAUUGUUUGAGUUCUUUUAGGUCUUCUUUCAUUUCAUUCGUUGCAGUUGUAUAGUUGCACUCGACUCCCAACUUGUCAAACUUGAUUUAGUAACAUUUGAAAAUCAGGUUUGGGCCAGAAAGUGAGCUUGAUUGUAGAAGGUCGUUUCCAACAUUGGGCCCCACGAUGCCUUUCUAGCACAUUCUUUUAACAUGUUGCGUGUGAUUGUAUGAUGUAGCGACAAAGGUUUGCCUUUGUUUUCAUCCUCAGGUUUUGCUAGUUUGGCAUAUAAGUGCUUUUACUUCCAGCAUGUACAUGUGCAACAGUAGUUGAGAUGCAGUAGAAUGCAGCUGUGAUCAAGGAUGACGGUCCCUCGCGCAUUCAAUGUAAUAUAGGGCUGGAAUUGCUCUUAAACAAAUUGGUUGUUGUACACUCCAUGAAUGAAAUGGUUUUCUCAACACAUAUCAAUGUUCAUUUAUCAUCCAUGUAACAGAAAAUGGGGUUUGGACAUCUCUCCUGUCCACCUGUGUAUAUGGAGUGGUUGUCUUCCUUAGAGUGCAUUUCUAAUGUGUAUAUGUUAGUAUAUUUUAUUUAUUUUUAGUUUAUAGUUUUAGCAAUGCACAGGAAACAGAUGUAGAUGUGCUUAUUUUACAAGCCUUUUUUCCUGGUUUAAGUACUUUUCUGAUCUAUUUUUGACGGACUUUGCCAUUUUAUUGUAUGAUUUAUCUGUCAACUUUCAUGUUUACACUGCUGCAUGGUUUUUGAAGAUGAUGCUGUAUAUGUUUGCUUCUAAUUUAAGGUAAAUAAAAAAACAAAAAACGACAAGCAGCUGGUGCAUACCAAAAGUUUGAACAAUAAAGUGAAUGUCGGAAAGUUGUAUGCUAGACUCUUGUUGUGAGUUGGUGUCAAAUCAAUCAAAUCGAGGAAUAAAAAGUAAGCUGUCA